GUUUACCUUCCCCAGAUUUCACAAGGUAUGAUGGACAGGUGACCAAAGCCUUCGCGGAGGUAGUCACCACUGCCCCACCACCACCAUCGCCACCACACCGCUGCCGCCUCCACCACCACCACCACCACCACCAUGCUCUCGAACAUCGGCUACGUGACGGGUCGGCUGCGGGAGGCCAGGAACGUGACGGGGAGGCUGAGGGAGGCCGGCCGGGUGUCCAUCAAGAGGGUGGAGGAGGUCUCUGAGUCGCUGCGGGAGCCGGGCAUCAUCACGGGCUACAGGCACGAGAACUGCUCCGUGCUGCAAGCCGUGGCCUCGCUCUUCAACGCCACCAACGAGACGGUCAACUUCUGGACGCAUUUCCUCGCCGCCGUCUACUUCGCGUGGCUCGCCGUCUCCCUCUCCUCCAUGCUUCCCCUCUUCUCCGACGUGUACCUCCACCCCCUGACCUGUUACCUCAUCGCGGCCUGCUGCUACCCCCUGACCUCCUGCCUCGCCCACGCCUUCUCCUGCCUCUCCAUCACGGCCACGCACGUCUGCUUCUUCGUGGAUUACCUGGCGAUCUCCAUGUACAGCUGGGCCGUCGCCUACCUCUACUACGGCUACUGCUUCCCACCGGAGUUCCGCGGGACAUGGUUCUCCUCGGCCUUUCUCCCAGUGGCCGCGGUCAACUCAAUCUUAGCGACGCUCUGUGCCAGCCAGUCGCGGUUUAUCAGUGACUUACACCCGCAGAAGGCGUUGAGAGUACUGGCCUUUGUGGUGCCUUACGUAUGGGACUCGAUUCCUCUCUUCUUCUGGCUUAGCUCCUGCGGGGAGGGCUCGUGCGGAGAAUCCAGACUCUACCAUCUGAGCCAGGUCGCGUGUGUGGUGGUAGCGUCCUUCUUCUACGGCUCCCAUAUCCCAGAACGCCUCGCACCGGGCCGCUUUGACUACGUGGGGCAUUCGCAUAACAUCCUGCACGUGUUUAGCAUCCUAGGGACCAAUGAGCAACUCAGGGCGGUACUCCUUGACUUGCAACGACGACGAGAGGAGCUACAUGUCGCGUCGUGGCUCCCGUCGCCGCUCUGGGCCACGCGCGCGACGCCUCUUCUUCUGUUGGCGAACCUCGGGAUUGUUUUGUUCUUCACGCUCCGUCUCUCGCGGCCCUCGCACUCCCCCUCCUCCUCCGCCGCCGCUUCUUCUUGUUCUUCGUGUUCUUGUUCCUGUUCUUGUUCCUCGUCUUCCUCCUCUUCUUCCUCCUCUUCUUCUUCGCCCGUCACCCAUACAGCUGAUCAUUUCAAAGUACAGUAACCAACCCGCUCCUCCUCGUUCUUGCUCUUGUUUUUGUUUUUCUUCGUCUUCCUCCUCCUCCUCCUCCUCCUCUUCGGUUUGCUUCAUCUUCCUCCCCUUCCCUCUUCCUCCUCCUCCUCAGCCACUACCACAUUUGCUGAACACACACACACACACACACACACACACACACACACACACACACACACACACUCCCUCGUCACUGGCUCUUCCCCGCCAAUCAAAAAAAGCACAAAUGAAUCCAAGAGAAAGUAUUGAAGAAAUGUUGGAGAGAAAAAAAACGUUUAUAAUCGAGUACACAGAAAAAAAGUCGAGAAGAUAUACGAAAAAAAUAAUAAAGUUGAGUGCAAGAAAAAGAGAAAAGGAGAGAAAGAGAGGAAGUGUGUAUUAACGAAGUCAGAUCAAAGGAAAGAUGAGUAAAAGAAAGAUAUGAAAAAAGAAAGAAAACAACAAAAACAAAGGAAAGAGAAGACGACAUAGGAAAGGAAACAAUUGAAAGGAAAAAGGAAACCAAACAAAAUAUAAGAAAACAGGAAAAGAUACAAGAAAAAAAUGAUGUAAAGAAAAGAAGCAAUUAAGAAAAGACAAGGGAGAAGGAGAGAUAAAAAGAAAGAUAUAAAAAGAGUAAGCAAACAAAAGACAAGAAAAUAAGAAAAAAGAAGCAAACGAAAGAUGAGGAAAAAAGAAAUAAGAAAAAAAAGAAAAAUGGAGAACUAUUAUCAUUUGUAUCAGAAAAAAUGUUAGACAAUAAGAAUAUGAAUUGCUUACAUAGAUUAUAUAUAUUACCUUCAAUACACAUAUAUAUAUUUGUAUCGCAUCUAUUUCGUAUAUAUAUAAAUAGUAGAUGUUUGUAUGUAUAUAUGUAUGUAUGGUGUGUCUAUACGUGUGUGUGUGUGUGUGUGUGUGUGUGUUGGAGAUACUUUUAUAUAUAUUUAGUCAUUGAAAUAAUUACUUUCAUGGCUAAAGCACUGCCUGAUGUGUGUGUGUGUGUGUGUGUGUGUGUGUGUGUUUGGGUACGAUAUGUUUUUGUUUACGUUGCAGGCGUCGUGUGCUUGCCUGCCAGACGAACGAUGAUUACUGUUACUGUGAAGUUUGAUGUUGUUUCUUGUUCCGUGUGUGUGCGUGUUUUGCUGCCUCACUUUAGCUGUGCCUUAAGCAACUGUGUGUGUGUGUGUGUGUGUGUGUGUGUGUGUGUGUGUGUGUGUGUGUAUAACUUAAUCUCGAGGUGAAGUAAAAGAAAGGAAGGAAGAGAUAAGAGAAAAGAGAAAUAUGCAGAAGUAACAAAAUGAUCACUCGAAAAUUACGUACGAUAACAAUAAAUUAUUAUUUAAACAAGUUAGUUUUACAGAAGAGAGAUGGCUUAGUCAUUAUAAACUAUAUUAUUAUUAUCAUUAUUAUUAUUAUUAUUAUUAUUAUUAUUAUUAUUAUUAUUAUUAUUACCAGCAACACUUUCAGAACAAUACGGUCUACGGAAAACAUGUCGUACCGUAAUUUCUCCGCCACUUGACGAGGCAGAAGAAGUCUUAAAAGGGGACAGGCACGAGAGAUCAAUGGUAAUUCACUUAUUCAUACGCCCAUUCAACCUUUUUUUAUAUAUAAACCUUGUGCAUUAUUCACCUCUGCGUGCGUGUGUCUGUGUGUGGGUAUGCGGGGCCGUACCCAGGAGGGGCGGGUCGGGGGGGUCGGACGACCCUAUCUCUGCUAAAAGUUCCACUUUCUGAGAAAGUCAAAACGAAAUCCGUUUUGACAGCAGGAUAAUGUCCCAGAAAUGUCAGUUUUUCACCCCCUCUCCCGGCUGAUUUGGCUUGCUUCUCGCCACUCGCCCCUCAAGUAGCUACAAGGGUUCACAUUCAGUGGAAAAAGACCCCCCCCACACACACACACACUUUUUACAGCUCUGGGUACGUCCCCGGGUAUGCAUGAAAACCCUCUCUUCUUAACUGGAUGCACGAAGAGCCGAUUAUAUGAAGAGAAACAACAGGAAAACUAUAAUAUUCUGAAAUGUAUACAAGUUGAUGCGAGACUUAAGUUCUGGGUCUGGGGCCGGCAACCUUUGUAACACUUGAUGAUGACGAUGGUUGAGGUGACAAAAGUGAGAAUGAGUGAGUGAAAGGACGAAGAGGAGGAGGAGGAGGAGGAGGAGAUUCUCUUUUGUCGCUAAGUAUUCUAAAUCGGAUGGGGUUUUUAUUUUAUUUUUUUUGUUUGUCAAUUGUUUUUUGGCAAUUAUUAUUAAGCGAAUUUCUUUUUUUCUUUUUUUUUUUUGUCUUAUUUCGAAGCUUGUUUGUCUGUCAGUUCUGUUUUUUGUCCUUGUUUUUUUUGUUGUUAUUUUGUAUCCAGUAUUGUUAUUUUUUACCUCACUUAUAUUGCUAUUAUCUGUUUUUGUUAUUUCUUCUUUGUGCUUUGUUUGUCAUUUCUGUUUCUUAUUUAAUUUUCGUGUUAUCUUGUCUAGGUAUUCUAUUAUCUUUUUGUUGAAUUUCUGUUUCUUAUUUAAUUUUUGUGUUAUCUUGUCAAGGUAUUCUAUUAUCUUUUUGUUGAAUUUCUGUUUCUUAUUUAAUUUUCGUGUUAUCUUGUCUAGGUAUUCUAUUAUCUUUUUGUUGAAUUUCUGUUUUGUUUUUCUCUGUUUUUGUGUUUUGUCUGUUACUUUUUGUCUGUGGUUUCUGUUGCUGUUUUUUUCUUUUCUCUUGUUUCUGAUGUGACUUCUUUUCGUUUGAUGACCUUUUUUUCUUCCUCUUUCUUUAUUGCGGCUCAGUGAGAACGUUAUAUCUUUUUUUUUUUCUAUGAAGCAUAAAAAAAUACCGUAGCGUUAAAGGUUGCCGACCCUAACACACACACACACACACACACACACACACACACACACACACACACACACACACACUAGAAUAAUUUCGUAUGUAUGUUUGUAUUUGUAAUUUGCAGAGGUUGCCGGGAUACAUGAUUCCAACAACAUACA